GUCAGUGUCUUUUUUCUCCACACACACUCAGGAGCAGCAACAGUUUCUCUGUGGAGACAUUCCGCGGAUUCUUCUCACUCCCUCCUCUCCACCUGUCCGACAGGUGAGACCGGCCGUCUGUGCACACGCGCGCUGACACGCGGCUCAGGUAGGGGGGCCGUUCAUGGUCACUCAUGGGUGAGUGUCUGCGGAGAGCGUGUCCAUGUCUGAAUCCACUAUGGGACAGGAUCUGUUUGGAGAAAAAGCCGAGCCCGGCUCCUGCACCGACCCCGAUCACGGCUCCUGCGCCGACCCCAGCUCCUGCGCCGAAACCACCGGUGAGCCACUCCAUCUACACGGCUCUGUGGGGGUUCGAGUCCCGGCACCCCGAUGAGCUGUCCUUCAAGGAGGGGGAUAUGUUCAAUGUGAUAAACCGGAACGGGGACUGGUGGACCGCCAGGAAGAUCGACAAGAACGGAUGCGUCCUGGACACCGGGAUCGUUCCCCAGAACUACCUGACCAGAGCCGAGUCUCUGCAGAUGCAGCCGUGAGUAUCUGUCCUUUCAGCCUCUGCGUUAAAAACAAACAGAUGAAUCAAACUCGAGAUGAUGUGGAAAAGUCAAUGAAACCUGCAGCCUGACAGGAGAGACAUUCUUGUCUCCGAGCCAAGUCCAAGCAGCUCAGAUUUGCAUACAGAAGUGAUUCAACCGGCUUUAAAAUACCAGAGAGAAUGACAUUUUCAACGACAGUGUCAGUGGAUGACUCACUGAAUAUGUUAAAUAACCUUCUAAAAGUCAUAAAAGAAAUAUGCAAAAUGCAUUUAGAGUGCAGAGAAGUCAAACCAGGGAGAAACACGCACUGACAGACGGGUGAGAGGAAGAUUUCAUGGCACAAAUCACAGCCUCAAAAACCUCUGCAGUUAACCUGGAUUCAUCCAAAGUGUAAAAGUCGUGUGUUCAUGUUUGUUUUCACUGAUUCAGAGGAGAUUAUCUACAAUAAUCCAAGUUUUUUCCCCUUCCUGGUCCUGCAGUCCUACUUUGACUGAAUGUGCACACCUUUCUCUCCAGGGUCAAAGUUCAAACACAUCCUGCAACAUUUCUUUAUUGCUCAAGACAAAGGUUAACACUUCCUUAUUGAGUUUUGAGAGUUUUAUGCAAUAAAACAAACAUUUUAGACUCUUUAUCACCUCCAAAGAUCACCUUAAAAUAAUCUAACUUUAACUUAUCUGGGUCACCGUCUGCAGCAGCUGCGUACAGAUCUGUCAGUGUCCUCACACAAACUUUCCUCCUUCAGAAGCUUUUUCUGCAGGAGAUUAACCAUCAAGUUACACAUUAGUCUGUUUAAUAUGAUCCAGAUCAGGAAAACUCUUCCAGUUUGAGAAAUUCACCUCUUCACCUCAGUUUACUUCGACGCUGAGAUCAUGAAUCAACAAAAUCACAGACUGUACUCGUGUUAAACUAGUAAACACUCAUUUUAAGGCCGACUCUGCAGAGCCGUCAGGUUUUAAAGAGACGUAUUUAAGCUGUCUUUACUCCCAACUUUAAUCACCCUGUGAAAAACACAACCAGCCAAACCUGAUCCAGGAUGAAGCCGUCAAAGACUCGGUACUUCCCCUCUACUGUAACUCUUUACUUUUAGCUUCAGUCCUCGAUUCUCUAUUAAAUCUUACCGAACAAACGUGUUAAUCUCUCAGGAUUUCAUCUGUACUUCUUUGUUUGGUGGCUGCCGUCUCCCCAAUAUGAUGUUAUGAUUGGAAACCAGAUAAGAUUAGAUAAGUUAGUGAAGAUUUGAAGGUUUUCUUCGUUAAAGCUGAAGUGAACGAUAAUCAACAGCCUGUGAUCAUAAAAACUGAAAGUGUAACCUCAAACUUGUGCUCAUGCCGCUAAAGUCGGUGUUAGAUUCUCGUCAUAAAACAGGACCCUAUAAUUAAUGUCAGCACCUGCUGACAUGAGAGAAUCACCAAACUUUGCACACUUCCCAUUCUGCUGAAGCAACGAACGCACAAAACCAGAAGUGGUGAAGCGGUGGCCUAUUUUUUCUCUGUGUCCAGUUUACAUCACUGAGAGAGACGGAUGAGGAGGAAUCUGAUGUAGAAGUUUGAUCAGAAUAUGAUCAUUAUUAUUAUUAUUAUUAUUACAGCAGUGUGAGUGUAACACUGAGGAGACUUAGUGAAGGACGAAUAACACAGAUUUGACUUUAAAGAUGGAGUUUAAAUGACUUUACAUUCAACAGUUCUGGGUCUGAUUCAGGUCCACAUUUAUCAAAAUAGUCUAUUUGAAGCUUGAAUUACAGCAGUGCGGUUACACACGCUCAGACUUUAGGAACAAGAAGAGAGAGAGAGGUGUUUGUGUGGAAGUGUGUGGUCUCUCUGUGUUUGUUUGUGUGUUAUAAACCGGUCAUAUUUGUCCUCGGUUGUCAGCGGUUUCUCUGCAUCUAAAUGUUUAUUAAGAUCAGAAAGUCGUCUAGUGUGAAGACGAAGAAUUAAAACCAUCCUGAAUAAAUGAGCGCAAACAAUUUCCUCUUUGAAAUAAACUGAAAAGAUAAGAAUUUUAUGACACUGGAAAUCAAAACUCCACCCUGUGUGAUUUAGUGAUUUAGUGAUUUAGUGACCUGACACGAUUCGUACACUUAGAGACGAUCAAAUUUAUUCUCAGGGGGUUGAGAGACGAAUCCUUUAAAACUUAAACCUGCGCCCACUUUAGAACCACUUAGCACUGUCUUUGUGAUCAAAUCCAUGUGAACCUUUUCUUCCUGUUUUGUGCACAGCCUCAGAGUUGGUGAACUCUUGUAUGUGCUGAAUUUUGUUUUAUAUAUAUAUAUAUAUAUAUGUGUAUAUAUUUCAGGACUGGUGUCCCAACAUGUUCGUGGAGAUGGAGGCCAUUUAAUAUUAUUGAUUAUUUAAAUAGGAGCAUUGUGAUCCUUCUGUACGUUUAUCUUUGUACAAUAUUGUUGAUGCUCAAUAAUAAUAAUAAAUAAAAAAAACUGAAAAGAGUUAAAAUAAUGACGGUCAGUUUAUAAAAGGGAAGCUGUAGAGUAUAUUUGUGUAUUUAAGAGCCAUAAAGAGGUUUUUACUGCCGUUUGAAUGACUGAGGUUUAAUAAAACUCUCAUCACAGAUACAUUUAUGACUCUGUGUAAAAACUGUUCGGGGUUGUUCGGUCGAUUUCCUGUGUGAUAAAAACUCUGAGAUGUUAAAAUAAAUUAACAGUAGAGCUAAAAUGAGACAAAGAUACUUCACUUCAACUUUUUAAUGUCCCAAAAUUGGAUAAAUCAGGUCACAGCAGGUACAGGCAUGUAAAACACUGACAUACAUCAUAAAAUAAAAUAAAAUAAAAUACAUUUACAUAGAAAACAGUUCAGGAGGUAAAAAGCUUUAAAGAUGAUUUAGAAGGUAAAAAAAAAAGAGCAUAUGUCAGUAAUCCCAGUAUUUUUGCAUGAGCAGAGAGAAUAAAGUGCAGAAACAAAGUUUAAUGUGAGGUUUACGUACCAAUAAAAGAAACCCGAGAUGAAGCAUCAUCCUUCCAAGAUCAGGACCAUCAGACCGAGAGCAGAUACCCCUACUCUGUACAACAAGAUCACAGUGAUAUAGACAGAGCUUUAGUGACUCUAAAGGAAACUUUAAGGGUUGAAAAUCUGAGACUUUGAUAAAUGGAAUUAGUAAAAUGUUCAGUAAUGAUGGCAGGAUAUUCAAGGUUCAUCUCAACUGUCUGCUCGAUCUUUCUGAUAUAAAACUAAAAGAUUGAGACACUUCCUCAUAUUUACCGUCAUGUCUGACUCCAUCCAGAUGGUACUUCGGGACCAUGAACCGCUUCGAGGCGCAGAGUCACCUGAUCGCUCCAGAAAACCAGGACGGAGCGUUCCUGGUCCGAAACAGCGAGAAGGAAAACGUGGGAUACGUCCUGUCAGGUGAGAAGGAGCGAGGCGGUGGGAGUUAUAUAUAUCGGCCUUUAUCAUUUAACUCAGGGUUAAAUGUUUAUGAACCAUAAAAUACAAAAUACUGUAAGAAAGAGAACGGAGGAGGGAAAAAUGGGAAAUUAAAUAAUCAUGAAUUUGAUCAUAAAAGUUUAUGAAACUGAGAAAAAAAGAUGGUCUAACGCAGUGGUUCUUACUCUGGGACCCACAUUUGUCCACGGUCCUGAAGUGAAGACCCACUUUUAUAGGAUUAAGUUGAACUCUAACCUUUAAAGACUCAAAUCUUUAACAUAAAUACACUGUUUUUAUAGAGUAAAGUUCAUCUCAGAGCACAAGAACUGAGGGCGACAACUACUGAAGUUACAUAUUCAGAAAAUAUCAAAUUAAACAAAAUAAAGAUUUAAAAACAAACGUGUAAUUUUCCUGCAUUCAGGCCACAUUAAUAAGAAACUGAGGAGGACCACGACAUAACGCGUGCCCUUCAAAAUAAAAGACCUGUCAAACAUCAUUAAAUAUUUACUUUUUCGACCAGCUGUUUGCGACCCACCUUUGGGUCGGGACCCACCAGUUGAGAACCGCUGCUGUAGUGGUUUUAAGAGCCCAAGCCCAGAGUCAAAGGCUGUAGUCCUCGAUGUGGUGGCGGCUGGUCCAAGUUCUGACCACAAUAUGACCCACAACGGGGUCAACGGGGUCAACCUCAGCUGCAAAGUAGGACAGUCCAAAAAUGUUCAAUGGGGUCAGAAUGAAACACCGCUGUAGAUUAAAAUUAUGAUUAUUAGGAAAUAACGGACAAAAACAGACUGGUCUUUAGUCCAGGUUUCUGUUCCUUUAAUAUUUUACCUCUUUGAGUUUAUUUUGGUUCCUUUAACAACGACUUACACCACAGCGGUUUUUAACCAAACAACAAAAGACUCCUCAGAGUUUGACGGCAUGACGUUCGACUUUAUAACCGUCCGUUCUCUCUGCAGUGAGGGACAGCAGUCGGGUGAAGCAUUUCAAGAUCUUCCAGACAGAGGAGAAGACUUUCCUGGUGGAUCAGACCAGAGACUUCAGCUCCCUGAUCGACCUGGUGGAGCAUUACCACACCAGCGGUAUGAUCAGCUCAUGCCGACUGGGAAACCCCUGCAAGAGGGUGGGUAGAGCCGCGCUCACAUCCGUCCCUCUGCUUCUUCGUUUCUGUGUUCCUCUCGUUUCCAGGAAAAACAAGAAGUGCAGACGUUCGAUUCAGCCGUGACGUCAGAGAAACGCUCUUUUCUGCAGCUCCGGUGGUGAAUUUAUUUUAAGUCCUGAACACAUCCGCUGGAGGAAGUGGUCAGGGCUGAGGUGUCUGCACCUCUGAGCGGUUUAUAAACCUGAGCCCUCACUGUUUGGGUGUUUGCUGGUUCAAGAGUCUGGAUUUUUUUAUGGACCAAACAUUGAACAGAUUUUUCUGAAAUUAAAAUGAUUAAAAAUUUCAGAUACUCUUUUCUAUAUUCUGCACAUUUCUAUAAGUGUAUUCUGUGUUUAAAAGAGGUUAAAAUUCAGUGUGAAGAUAUCAACCAUCUGAAUCCUGCACAGAAGCACAUAAAACUUAAUUUCUAACCUCCAACGUGUAUUUGUGUUUCAGAAAAAGCCUCCGACUAACGAUUUAAAUCAUUUCACGGUGGACGACUGGGAGCUCCCCAAAGAGGAGUUCACUCUGGAGGAGGAGCUCGGCAGGGGAUAUUUCUCCGAGGUUUACAGAGGACGCUGGAAAAACAUGAUCCAAGUCGCCAUCAAGAUCCUGAAAAACGGUACGCCAUCUUUAGUGAGGGUUGGAUGUGAAUGAGCGAAGCUUAAACGAGACUUAAACGAGAUUUAAUAUAAAUGAAAGAGUUUGGGCUUUAAACAGUUAAUAAAGGAACACCUGUGAGCGGCUGACAGGUGAGAACCCGGCCAUCCUCCUCCUCCUCAGAUAUUUUGAGAGGAUUUGGCACAAAUAUAAUAAAAAAUAAUUAGUAUUAGUUGAAAACAGAUUGUUUUCUAUAACUUAACUGGAUAUUUUUGGGUUUUUCGACCACAAGUCACUUUAAAAUCUCAUCCUUUAAUCCUGUCAGACUCUCACAGAGUUUCUGAAAACUUCCCCGUAGAGUUUCGUGUGUAAAUGUGAAGAUUUUCAUCCUCACGUAACGUAAGGUAACAAAAAUAGACAUUUAAAACAAAGUAAGAGUUGAAGCCUGUUGGCGCCGUAUUGGAAACGCGGACUCAACCUAGCGGGGGCGGGGCCUCGAAACUCCUCCCAAAUUCCUGUCAGUCAAGUCACCUAUGAGUCUGAUUUGCUUGUUAUCUCAACAUCAUCGACAGGAAUGAAUCCUGUCCUGUUCCUCUUUAGUUUUAAUCGUGUCGUUCGUAUGAAUCUGAUCGUCUGACUUUUCAAUUCAAGGAUGUGGAAAAAAACCCCACCAGACUGGACGCUCGCUGGUCAUCGUUAAAUACAGUUAGGGGGUCAAAAGGUCACUGGGUUAGUGGGUCAUGGGGCGGGACUAAAGAGGCCGCAGGUGGAGGCGUGUUAGUCUCUCUAUCGCGGCUCUGACUCGGUUCACUCAGUUUGGUUAAAUGUCACAGUCGUCGCUAAAAACAGACACACGAAAGUCGGUCGCUGCUUUCGUACGCGGCGCUCUCAGCAGAGAUAUUCAUGAUGUGGGCUGACUCAGCACGCCAUCGCAGUAAAAUGAUGCACAGCAUAACAAACAUGAGCGAACAGCUGAUUACUGACAUUAAACACCUUAAAAAAAUGUCGCACAAUGAGGAUCUAGGUUUUGUUUUCUUCAUUUUUUGCAAUACUUUUAAAUUUCCUAAUUAUGAAAGUGAGAUUUGAACAUCCUGAAUGUACUUAAAACAAACUCUACUCUUUGAAUUUUGCAGUUUUUAGUUUAAAUAUCAGGUACACUCUGCUUGUGUACAAACAAAAAUGUCAUGCAUGCUCCUCAGACGUGUGUAAACCUAGUCUACACUUUCCAUAUAUCAGCCUGCAGUGAUGAGCUCAUCUCACACCUCCUGCAGAAGGUUACUUACCGGUGUGUCUAAGAUUACUGCUCAGGUCUCACGGCGUGAGCUGCGUGGUUAAAUUUAGCAGGUAUGACAGGAUGUGCGAGAGAGAGAGAGAGAGAAAGAGAGAAAAGAGAGAGAGAGAGAGAGAGAGAGAGAGAGAGAGAAAAGAGUUCUUCUCUUAAGGUUUGAGAAAAAUGUUCUUCUCUUAAAGGUCUAGACGUCCAAAUGAUCCGACUGUUAAAUUUGUACAUUUAUAAAUCGAAGUACAGCUGUAAUACUCGUCCAAAAGUGGAUUUUCGCACCUUUUGCCGAGCUUAUUAAUCAUCUUGUCGUUGAAGCAGACUCUGUGUGGAUGUGAACGUGCUGCAGCAGCUGUCCCACUCUUUUCUCCUGCCUUCCCUGCAGCGUUUGUGCCGAGCUCAGCUCAAUCUGACCUUUCAUUUCCCAAAUGCCAGUAAAUCUUUGAGAGCCUGACUCAGACGUUUUCUGCCCCAGUUCAGGAGUAACGGAGUGUUUGUUUGUUUUGUCCAGAAGGUUGGAUGAAGUAGGAUGAAAAUGCAGGUGCUAACACGAGCGAUGAUGUCUGAGUGAAACCAGGUGUGGUUUGACAGGUGGAGACAGACAAUGCGAGGAGAUUUGUCACAGUCGUACUCAUUAAUACAGAAGAUAUGUGUCACACAUAUUUGUCAGGUGAAGCUUUGUUGUCGUGUUUGCUCAGAGUGAGGUGACAAACACGAACACUGCUGCAGCGUUGUGUAACAAAUCCAGGUUUAGUUUCUCACGGAGCAGCCAGACGACGUUAAUCUUUCCCUCUCUGUGAACGACUUCAGCGAAAUGUUAAUGUUUCAUAGAGUUUAAUAUAUGAUCCAUUCAGACUGUCAAAGUUUCAGAGACAACUGUAAAAGGGCAACUAGGCAUCCCACAGCAGAGGUGUGUUUAUUAAUGUUUCAAUCAGGUGAGAAAUACAAUCUCAAGUGGAUUGAAUUUGUGACGUCAGAUUGUAAGGAUGCCUAAGAAUGGAGCUUUACUGGUUACAGAUCUGGGUUACAGCUUCAUCAUAACACGAGUUUAACAAAGACUGGUCUGAGACUGUUCGAGUGUAUUUAAUCGUCCACUUUUCUAAACGUUCUGCUCGCAUCUCGUUGACCUGAAGGAGAGUCCAUGUCGGGUAAUAACAAAGUAGAACAUAUUUUGGGAGCCUGAGUGACAUUAAACACGGGGACAAGGUCCUCCAUACUCAUCCAUCAAAGUGUCUCAAGACGUCUUAAGACGAAAGUUUUGAAGACGUCACCAUUUCUUAAAACAUCCCAGAGCAGAAAAUAGGAUUCACCCUCAAGACGUCUUCAUGGUGAAGCUAUCUUGUUUGGACUGGAGUAUUAUGAUGAUAAUGUUAUGGUAAUGGUCUAUUUAUAUUUGACUUUAAAAUCUGCUUUAACAUUAAUAACUUGCGUUAAUUAUAAUUUUUUGAAAGCCGUGCGUACUGGAAUUAAAAACAAAAAUACUUGAAUUUAAAAUGUAAAAUACUGCUUCAGAUGAAUGAGGAUAUGGUAAUUUAAUGUGAUUUUUAUAUAUAACAAAUGUUUUCAACAGAAGAUAAACACAAACAGGAGGUGAAAUUAAGUUUAUACAAAAUUUUAAUGAAUGAAUUAUUUAAUUAAAUGGAUAUCAUAGAAAAAUAUCGAAGAAUAAUCCAUUUUAAAUCUAUCUGAGGUAUCUGAGUGACACCGCUCUAAAGAAAACAACCCUCUCUGUUGUUGACGGGUUCGUAUGAUGUUUUCAUUCAGUGCUGUGUGACGGACACUAAAGUGAAGACAGGUGAGUCAGUUUGGAGGCGUGAUGCUCAGCUGAUAAACUCAAGUCCAUCGGGUUGUUCUCUGAAGUCUGUGACUGACUUAUCGUAAAGUCAUCCAUGACCUCCUCUUUGAUAAGGAAGUAAACAACAUCAGCUUUAAACAGACGUUUACAUUAAAACCUUCGCCAGUUUAUCAUAGAUGAUUUUAGAUGUCUAGAUGUACUUUAAUCUAGAUUCUGCAGCUGUGCUCGGUCUGAAUCUCAGCAAACAUUCAUGUAAAAGCAGAGGAGGAUUUCAGCCCACAGAUCACCUUUAUCAGAUCCCUUUUCUUGCUCUUCUUGUGAAGAGAUUGCACAAGCAGCUGUGGAGAUAUGUCCCUGACCCGUGUUUGUUCCUGCUGAAAAGGUCAUGUGUCUGACGCUGAGUUUCACAUAUAUUUUCUGCAGCUAACUAUUUGACAGCUCUGGAUAUUUGAUGCUUUUCUUUAAAAGUUUUGCACAAAACUCGGACAGCCAGAGAAGUUUCUGCCUUUUCUCACGGAGCUGCAACUUUUUUUACAGCAGCCAACAUUUAUAUCUUUAUUUUUCUUUCACUUAAAGCUCCUCUGAGAAGUUUUCUACUGUUAUUAAAUCCACUGAAAGAGCAUCAGCAACAAGACUGAAGAUUUUUAUAAUAUCAUUUUUAAAACUGAGUAAUAGAGCGAGGGGGGAGGUGUAUAGAAGUAAAUCUGCGCCAUCUGAUGUUGAAAAAAUAAAUGUACAAUUGUUUCAUUUUCAAGGUUACAAAAUACUCAAGAGUCUGAGAUAUCAGUUCUAUAUUUUUUGAGAAAGUGGGAAAUUUGAUAGAUUAAGUGAAUUAAUUGAAAAUGUAUGGAAGUAAAUCUGUGCCAUCUGAUUUUGAAUUUGAAUUUGAAUUUCUAAAGCUGAAUUUUUUUGCAUCAAAAUCAGACUUUGAAUUGCAAAAUCAUCGAAUUUCAAGCUCGCAUUUUUAUUUCUAACACUUCUUUUUUUUCACAGUGAUGAAAUAAAUUCAGUUUAAAAAAAUGGUCUCUAUAAAUAUUUGUGUAGUAAAAAUACAACUUAAAAAAAAAAGAAAAAAUAAAUUCCCCUGGUUAUCCGGAUGUUGAGUCAGUCUCUUUUACACUGAAUUUUUUGUAUGUUGAAUUUUUUGAGAGUUUUUUUUAGUUGAUUUUUUACUAAACAAAUAUUUCGAGGGACAAUUAUUUUUUUUUUACAUUGAAUUUAUUUCAUCAUCGUGAGGAAAGUUAGUGUCAGAAAUAAAAAUUAGUGCCUGAAAUCUGAUAGUUUUGAAAUUCAAAGUCUGAUUUUGAUGCAAAAAAAAAUUCAGCUUUAGAAAUUUAAAUCCAAAUUCAGAUGGCACAGAUUUACUUCCAUAUAGGUGCCCUUUUUUUUUUUACAAUUUCCACAUCAAACAUUUACAAUAAACUAAAAAUGAUGAAUGAAUAUUCACUUAUUAAAUAUUUGAAGUGUACUCCUGAAACAUCACGAUCAGAGCUUGGACUGAAAAAUGCGAGUCGUCUCAGGGUCAUCCUGAAUCUGAUGACCUCGGCUGACCUGAUUGAUUGACUCUGGAGUCUUUGACCUUCAACACCAUCUUAUUAACCCUUGACUUUUAUUCCGGUCUCUCUCUCUCUCGCUUUUUUCACGGUACGUGAUGUUUGUUAAUUGGUGAAGAUUUCAAGAUUUCCACUCUGUUCCUGUUUUCGUCUCUCUUCCUCUUUCAUCGAUUUCUCUCUCUCUGUUUUCCUUCCCUUAAAUUCUGCCUCUUCCUCUUUCUCUCUUUCCAGACUCGGUGCUCAGCCACAAGGAGUUCCAGCGGGAAGUCCAGAUCCUGAAGGGUCUCCGCCAUCGUCACCUCAUCUCUCUGUUUGCUGUGUGCACGUCCUCCACGCCGUACUACAUCAUCACCGAGCUGAUGGAGAAAGGCAGCCUGCUCAACUUCCUGAGAGGUAAACCUCAGCCUUCCUCCUUCACAGCUGAACAUGACUUUAGUGUCAACAAACAUGGUGGACGGCGUGCAGAUCUUCUUCGACAUGUGCGUUCAGUUUUUCAGACGUCCGUCUGAAUUCUAACCCUCAUGUUUACUAUUGUUGCCAUGGUUGCAUAUGUUGAGCUUCCUCCUUCGAGUAGGGGCUGUCUGCAGAGCAGGAGGGGAAAUUUGUUUUGUAGGAUGGUAGUAGAAGGUCCCGCCUCCUUCCCCUCUGAUUGGCUAGAAGUGCUGGAAUCUGAUUGGUUAUUCCUUAUUGGCUGUGAAACGUCAUCGUCUGUUUGGUUAGUGUUAGGAGAUUCAGAAGUGCGAUAAUGUUCUGUAACGUUCUGUUCGAUGUUCAGAGACGACAUCCCUUGUUUGGCUUUAGCGUGUGAUGACGGUUCCAGCUUUUUUAGCCAAUCAGAGGCGAAGGAGGGCGGGACCUUCCCCUUCAUCCUAGCCAAGCAAAUCCUGAAUCUAGACGGUUGAAAUUAGGUCUAAAAAAAAGUAGAUGUCUAACAGCCGUCUGUUGCUCAGUGGGUGGGCCGAGUCCCAAGAACUGACUUUUUUGGUCUUGGUUUUCUGAUUUUUUCCCCCUGUUUAGAGAAAGAGGGGCAGGCCCUAGACAUGAUGUCUCUCAUCGACAUGAGCGCCCAGGUGGCUGAUGGGAUGUCGUACCUGGAGGAGCAGAACAGCAUCCACAGAGAUCUCGCAGCUCGAAACGUCCUGGUGGGAGAGGGCAACAUCUGUAAAGUGGCGGACUUCGGACUGGCACGAGUGAUCAAGGUAGGAAACAGAAAUGAAGGAAGGGUUCGAAAGUCUGUGUUGAAAUCAGAGUGAAACUAAAGUCUCUCUUCCAGGAGCCGUUUUACAUCUCCGACGAUAAGAAGAUCCCCUAUAAGUGGAGCGCUCCUGAGGCCAUCAGCCAUGGAAAGUUCUCCAUCAAGUCAGACGUCUGGUCGUUCGGUGUCUUGCUGUAUGAGAUCACGACAUACGGAAGUAUUCCUUACCCAGGUCGGUGCAGUGACCAUGUUUAUUUUUCUAAUAAAAAUGGAUAAAGUACUGAGUUUAAAUGAUCAUUUUUAAUGAAAUAUCAAACUGGAGUCUUUGUUUGUGAUCAUUGAUAGUUUAAGGUCGGGUAAAUCAGUCAAUAGUUAUUAGUUAUUGAUGACAUUUGGUAAUAUAUCGAUAUCUCUGUGUUCUCUUAUGUCUGUGUCGUCAACAUUUGAACAUUUUUGAGCGGUCCGCUCUUUCUGACUGUAAACAAAGCCGUUCUCCACCUCCUCUAACCUGAUUGGUUGUGAGGCAGACGCUGCUCCCCCGUGUCGUUCAGGAGCCCAAACAAAGUUAGCGUGCUACAAUAUCGGACAGUAGAAACCAACCAGAAAGUUCGGAAAAUUGUCUGAAUCCUCCUUUGGCCACGACUGCCGACACAAGCAAGAAAACAAAGUAAAUACCGGAGACUCUGGAGGAAUAACGGGCGCUUAAAACGGAGGAAGACCGGACAAGAGCUAAAAAGCCGGGUCAACAUAAACCAUGGGGGACGCUUGGGGAUCUUGGUGACCCUGUAACCUUUCUGCUGGACAGGUAAACCGCUUUAACAAAGUAAGACAAGUGUCUGUAACAGAAGUGUUUCUUGUCAAACGGACCUGCUGUAGCGUGUUGUAGCGCCAUCGCUAAACUGUCCUCCCUCGGGUCCUGGACUAUGUCACUUUAUCCUCGUUGUAGAAGAAUCUGAAGUAUGUGGGCGGGGCUUGAGGGGAGGAGCUGAGGGGAAAACUGGUUGAGACGGUGAAGAGUUCUUGCUAAAACUGUCACUUGCUCGGAUCCAGAUCCUGCUUACCCCACCUUUAAGGUAUAAAUGCUUAAAUCUGGUCAUCAGAAAACAGAAAAUCGUCCGGCUUCUUCACAGCUGUGGUUCUUUCUCAGGUCGUAUUUUGGGCACAAUUGAACAUUCAGAGAAAAAUAUAAGGUUAAAAACUGAAAUGAAAUCAUGUACUGUUGUGUUUUGUUGAUGUGAACUGAGGAAUGCAAAGUUGUAGUCACAAGAGAAACUCUGAAUCAGGGUUGUUAUAAGAUAAGAGGACAAACUUCCUGGAUAAUCAAAGCUGCUGGACUAAGUCCACAACAACAACAGGUCCAAAGAGCGUGACUGUGAGGACGGAAAUAAAAAACUCUCUUUGUUAAACUCACACCUCUCUGGUUAUCAAGAACUGAAAAUCAUCUACUGUUAUGCCUUUGUUGCCAAGCAACAAUACGUGCAGCAGCAGCAGUUAGUGUUCUUUAUUAAAGCUGUUUUCUAAUCACAUAAAAGUAGAAACCCACAGCUGUACUCUCAGGUAUCAGAGUGAGCACAAAUAUUUAUCUCUCUCUUUUCUUUUCUUUGAAUAUUCAGCCUACUCCAACGAGGAAACGUACAUUCAGGUGACCGGCGGCUACAGGAUGCCGAUUCCGCCCAAAUGUCCAGAAUUCAUCUACCAGCUCAUGCUCAAAUGUUGGAGCGCCAACCCCGACGACAGGCCGAGCUUCAGGAUUGUGAAGAGCGAGCUGGACAACUCCUACGAGCUGGAGUCCCAAACAUAGGAGCCUUUGCAGUACAGACUUAUGGCCACAGGGGGGCAGCAAAGAGAGACAGUCGACAGCUGAUUCAACAUCCACAAAGACUUGUAGUGUGUGUGUUUACAGAGUCCGAACCUGCUCAGUGAGACUGUGAAGGUUUAUAUAAAACGCUGUGAUGGUGAUUUCAUCAUUUAAAGGUUCAGAGAGUUCAGAGAAAUCUCUGUUAAAGGGACGAGGAUCAUCUCUGAAACUGCGGGGCUGUAAUCUUCGGGGCCUCAGACGUUCCUGCAUAAAAGCAGACAUGACUCUGUAGUGGGAAUCGCUGCAUCAGCACUUUGUAACUGCAUCCAGAACUGCAGGUUAAAGCUGAAACACAACAUGAUAGAGACUUACCGGUGAGUUCUCCCGUGUCAGACGGACCGAGGUGAAGUGGAAUCCUGUCUGAUGGUCGGAUAAAUCAAAACUUGACACUCUGGAAACCAUGGAAACGGCGUCCCCGGUUUUUAAACUCAGGGCAAACAGCGACAUCGCACCUAAUCAACUCAGCUAUGCCCGUAGUCAUGUAAACCGGUGCGUGGCUCUGCUGCGAUAUCUUACAGGUUUAUUUAUGCAAACUGAGCAUUUUUAACAGAUUCCUCGGCUUUUGGAGCCACUCUCAGUUUAUUUACUCCAAAAUCACAGUCUUUGUCUUUUAUAUGUUACCAUAACAACGUGGAAAGAUGAACGGGCUGCAGUUUUACAGUCCUUUUUACCACUCAGAUGGCCUCUAUGCAACACAUUACAUUCAUGCAUUCACACUAUUCACACGCUGAUGACAGAAAAGUCGAGGUUUAAUCACUCUGCGGCUAUGCAGGGAGACGUUUGGUAAGUCGAAUCAAACCACCAAAACUUCUGAGUGAGCGAUGUUCAACCCUACGACUUCACCUCAGCAUUGAUUUUUAGGCAUUUUAAACACCCACUUUAAUCCAAAUCAGUUGUUUUGUGCCAUAGAAGUAUUUAAGUUUGGUACCUUGCUCCAAAUACUGCCCUACAAUAUGUGGAGGAUACAUGAGCAACAAUCAGAGGCCUUAUAAUGUUUUAUUACACUUUAUAAUAACACGUGUUGAUGGAAUCUGUGACCACCAGGGGGCAGCAGAGUCACAGUAAAUAAAAAGCAGAACUCCUCUUUCACAGAUUUGAGGCCCAAAACAACCACAUCUCCUUCUUUUGAACACUUUACUUUAAAUUCAUUGGUUAAUUGUAAAUAAAUAUGUAACUCAGUUUGUCUCAUCCACUCACUCUUGCUUGUAAAGUGCUUAAAAAACUGUAACAAAGACAUAAAUAUAUCUGUUGAUGCAAAGA